ACUUUAUAGCGCGUAAAUAAAUCUUGUACUUCAUUUCUCUAUACACUGAAAUACUUAUGUACACAAGCAGCUUAUACAUAAGACUAUAAGUCUAGCUCAUGUGGUUCAACUGUAUGUCGAGCAUAGAAUUCCGAAAUAGCAACUGUAAAUAGGAGUGUUAGCAGAUAUCCCAAGAGAACCAGGGAUCAUACCUUGCCUAAACUGAUUCUAAGAAAGAUGAUUCAACAAUUCAUAACGAACAGACUGCUGCAGACACGAAAGUAGACUGAAAUAACAUCCUGGAAAUAUUCCCAUCCGUUAGCAGAAAAUCACAUCUUCAGCAGAUGCUUAUGUAUUAUUUAGUAAAUGCAUUAGGCGUACUGACAGAGUAAUUGAUGGGCGAGGCCGGCUAUACAAAAUAUAAGGCAGUUGAAACUAAUGUUGGUGGAAGUUAUCUAGUAUAGGAAUCGAUCUUGCACUUCGUCAGAUUAUCUGAGUAUAUUGAACAUACAUUUUUAUUCAUACUAGUACAUUGAAUAGUCGAUUCUAUAACUUUGGAUUCUUUACCUGUUCGGAUUGGGAUAUGAUGACGAAGCAAAGGCAACAGACCAAUUGGUUUGGAUGAGCUCCGCCAGCUGACAAACUGGAAUCCCCUAAAUCAAAACCUCCCCUCCCCAUUAAACCUUCCCCAAACCUACCCUACCACCCUAUCCAUAAUCCAUUACCAUCGCAAAGAAAUCCAUUUCCUAUUCAAAUACCUCAGAGAGACCUUACGACACUAGUGGAUGUUUCAUUUGAAGAUGGACAUUUGCAUGAACCUCGUUCUGGACCACAGCAGACGAAUAUUCUCACUUUUAGCAGAAAUUCUAAUCUGAACGACACACAAUCGGAAGUACAACAAAACAACAUACAAAAUCACGAUGAAACCAGUAAUUUUCAGUCUAUAAUCCUCCACUCAAAUUUGCAAAACGGAUUAGAACCACCAGCAACAAGUUCCCAAAACUCCACAUUUACGGAUAAGGAGAAAAGGAUAGUGAGUAAGGAUUCUCUCACCGCACACAACGUUUUUACUUUGACCUCGGCCCAGGACAGUGUUGGUGUAAUAGUACUCGAUACAAAACAUAAAAUGGCAUCUCAAUCCACAAAACAAGCAAGGGCCAAUUUGAAGGAAUCUCAGAAAUCGAGGAAACAAAAGGAGAAAGAAUCCAACAAAUGGCAACCGAGUAAAAAUGGAGUUAACAGAGAAGAUAUUCCAUCUGAGCCACCCACUUCGUUCGCCAAUAUGAGCAUGGACGAAAUCCUAGAAGCUAUGCAUCAUGGAGCGUCCAUGCUAAAAGUUCGAAGUGCCAACAAUUUGAAAGAAAGAUAUUUUAAUAUAGAUAGAGAGAACAGCAGUUUUGGGUAUAUCAAUUCAAACAAAUGUGUUGCAAAUGUGAAUGGUGUCAGAAUCAAGCUUGCUGAUAUCAGAGAGGUUCGUGAAGGCUACAGUACUGACAAGCUCCUCAAUGUUGAAAAAGAUCUCAAAAUCUCCAAGAACCUAGUGUUCUCUGUGAUUUACGGGAGGAAUAACCUAUCCCUUGACAUUAUUGUUGAAUCCUCGGCGAUGAAGGACAUGUGGGUAAAGGGACUGAAACAUCUUGUAUCCGCACACAAAAUGAGUGAAUGUGGAAACAACAGAGACUGCUGGAUCAAAAAGCUGUUCAGCGAGGCAGAUGCGAACAGAGAUGGACGUCUAACACUGAGAGAAAUUAUAGACUUUCUAAGACGUAAAGGUUUUAAGGUAUCUUAUGAUAACGCAAAAAGGCUGUUCCGUGAAGCGGAUACUGAUGGCAGACACAGCAAGAAAGGCCAAGAAACUCUCGACAUGAAAGAAUUUAUAGAGUUAUAUAAAACGAUCACAAAACGUCCAGAAAUGAAUGACAUUUUUGAAAAAUACGCUUUUGGUGAUAAUUUCAUUGAUCCUGGUGAACUGGAAGAAUUCAUGCAAAAGGAACAACUUCAAACAAUUAGCCGUCAACAAGCGUUAACUAUCAUAGAGAAGUUUGAGCCAAUCCCAGGGGUGAGAGCCAGGCAGAUGCUAAGCAUCGAGGGGUUCCGAGAGUUACUAGAGUCCCCAACAUUCAACUUGUUUAACCCAGAACAUCGUUAUAGAAUCUAUCAAGAUAUGGCACAGCCAUUAAACCAAUAUUUCAUCGCAUCGUCACAUAAUACAUACUUGGCUAAGGACCAACUGACAGGGCCAAGUUCCGUUGAGAUGUACAUACUGGCGCUGAGAAAGGGAUGCAGGUGUGUUGAGCUUGACUGUUGGGAUGGUCCCAAGAAUGAGCCUCUCAUCACCCAUGGGAACACUCUCACCUCCAAGAUACAUUUCAAGGACGUCAUUACCGCCAUUAAUGAUUAUGCAUUCGCCACGUCCGAAUAUCCCGUGAUACUUUCCAUUGAGAACCAUUGCUCUGUGAAACAGCAGGAUGUAAUGGCGAAGUAUUUGAGAUCAAUUUUAAAAUCGAAAUUGUUUAUCGUACCCGAGAGUGCUCUGAGAGAAGACAAACCACUUCCCAGUCCAGAGCAACUAAAGGGAAAGAUUCUCAUUAAAGGGCAGAAAUUACCACUAGGUAGCAAAAAAGCAGAAGACUGUGAACUUGUUGAAGAUGACGAAGCAGAGGAUGGUACCAAGAAAACAGCGUCAUCUCUCAAACUAUCCAAGUCACUGUCGGACACCAUAGCCUACUGCGCCAGUGUUGGCUAUAAGGGGUUCGAGUACGCUAGGAGCAACUACAGAAAUACCGAGAUGUCCUCUUUUGCAGAAAGCAAGGCUCUGAAGUUGAGUACAGAAGACGGGAAGGACUUUGUGAAACACAACUGUACGUAUUUGAGUAGGGUUUUCCCAGGAGGUUUACGAACUGAUUCCAGCAACUAUAACCCUGUGCCAAUGUGGACAGCUGGAUGUCAAAUUGUGGCGUUGAACUAUCAAACUGGAGGCGUUCCCCUACAGAUCAACGAUGCUAAAUUCAUGGAUAAUGGGCAUUGUGGCUAUAUCCUUCAGCCACCUGCUUUGAGGAAUCCAACUUCCGACUUUGACCCAGCUGGGGAUAUGCCGCCAUCUUGGAACCGGCAGCUAGAUGUUACUAUAUUAAGUGGCUUCAUGCUUCCCAAGUCAAAAGGAUCUGGUGAAGGUUACAUAGAUCCGUACGUAAAAGUUGAAAUAUUUGGCAUUCCAAAGGAUAACCAGAAAGAGAAAACCAGGGUUAUUCAAAAUAAUGGUUUCAAUCCUUGUUGGGCGCAGACAUUAUCUUUUAAUGUCGCAUGCCCAAGUCUCGCAAUAGUGAGAUUUGAAGUUAGAGAUUAUGAUGGGAAAUCAAGAGACGAUUUUAUCGCUCAAUUUACCGUUCCAUUCUCUUGCAUGCAGGAAGGUUACAGAACGGUGAACCUAAGAGACAAAAAUGGAGAACCUCUUGAAAUGGCUACCUUGCUUGUGAAAACAACCAUAGAGAAUCCAAACACAAAAAUUUCAAUAACUCGGAUGUAAUAUUGAAAAGGUUUUAUUAAUUUGCAUAUAUAUGACCGGACAUAAAUGACGAGGAAAUGAUACUUUCGAAAGUCUAUUUUAUGGUUGGAUGAAUGUUUUUCUACUGUGACUUGUUUUUAAACUAGAUAUAAUCUAUAACUGUAUAUAUUUAAGUUUCUUGUAUAUAUUUGAAAUUUUGAAUGUAUGUUUUCUACAUAGAUUUGUUGAAGUUUAUGAUUUGUGGCAUAAACAUAUUUUAUCACCCUUUAGAAUUUGUACUUAUGAACGUUGUCUGCUGAAUAUACGAGUAAAAAAAAUGCAUGUUUGUUAAUUGUUUGUGCCUCC